AUGAGCGGCGGACAGACGUACGGCAAGGAACUGCCGGAUCAAGUGGACCGGAUAACGAACUUGUCCGCUGCGCAACUUGAGCUUCUUGCAGACGUCCGCGACUUGCAUCGUGAGCGCGCGGCCCUCGAACGUGAAUAUGCCGGAAAACUACAGGCCCUCGCCAGGAAGGCAGCGGAGAAGAAAAGCAAGAAGGAUGCUACGGUUGUAGUGGGGAGUGAGCCUACUAAAGCGUGGGGAGAAGAUGUCUUGCAGCGAAGUACCCUUCAUAAUGCUUACGCUCAGAUUAUCUCGGCUAUGCUUGAGUCGGCUCAAGCCCACAUUAACCUCGCGGACUCCUUGACCUCCCAAGUAGUUGAUGUUCUCAAAGCAACAGAGCGUAGACACGAGGAGGCGAAGAAGAAACAGGAGCAACACUUCACAAAGCUUCUAUCGGAACGAGAUCGCGCAUAUUCUGAGCGCCAGAAGUAUGACGACGAAUGCAAUGAAGUGGAAACAUAUCGUGUCAAGCAAGAACGUUCCGCCGACGAUCGGCACGCUGAUAGAGCUGCCAAACAAUAUGAGAAGCAGCAAGCCGAUAUGUUGAACCGCAAGAACACCUAUCUGAUCGCGAUUGCCACGGCAAACCGAAUGAAAGCGAAAUUCUACAACGAGGAUUUACCAGCUCUUGAGGAUCAAUUCCAAACCCUACAGGCCCAAUUGAUUACGAGGUUCAUAAGCAUCAUGGUACAAGCGCAGACGUUACAGAAGAAUCAUCUUGAGGUGCUCAAGAGCCACGUAGUGGCCACAGAGGGAAGGCUUAAUACAGUUGAUACACCGGCUGAUCAGCACUUGUUCAUCGAACAUAACAUCCGGGCAUUCAUGUUGCCAUCUGACUGGGCCUUUGAGCCAUGUUCCACGCACUACGACACGGGCGAGAUGAGUGUGGAGUCCGCGCCGAAAACUUACCUGCAGAAUCGCCUUACCAAGUGCCGAGCGAAGCUCAGCGAACUUCGCCCUGUGAUUGAUGCCAAACGAAGAGAUGUGGAGCAGCUCGCGAAGCAUAUGAACUCCAACACGGCAAGCGGCAAGCUCGCUGAGCUUGAGGAAGUGUCAGAUCAAUACUUGGAGGCGCAACAUCAGUUGACAUACUAUACGAACUCCGAAUGCUUGCUAUCAGCGGAGGUUGAGACUAUCGAAGCUGCUCUGAGUGGCGAUGAGGGCGAACAACGGCCACAUGCCUUCAAGAGUUCUACUUUCUCUAUCCCCACGCCGUGCGUGUAUUGCAAGUCUUCUAUCUGGGGUCUGAGCAAACAAGGCAAGACGUGCAAGACCUGUGGGAUAUCUGUUCACACCAAAUGUGAGCUCAAUGUAGGCAAACAGUCGUCUCGUCGAGGGGAGAUGUUCCCUAGCUGUUGUGUACUGACGUACACACUUGCCUUCCAGGUCCCUGCAGAUUGUUCUGGUUCACGACGCGUCGGCACUACUUCGUCAAAAUUAAGCUCCGGAUCUCCUGUAUCACGGUCAUCUUCAACUAUAUCGAAGGCUGGCUCGGAGGCGCCGUCUCUCGACACACCAACGCCGUCUUCUUUUGCCGCUAGGGCCUCCACGAUACAAGAGAACCAUUUAAGUGCUCGCAUGCUCUUCAGCUUCUCGCCGACCUCACCAUUUGAAUUGGCCGUAUCUGAGGGAUCGAUUGUGCAAAUUUUAGAAGAAGACGAUGGUUCGGGAUGGGUAAAGGUUUCCGAUGGAUCCGGUGGCAAGGGUCUUGUACCGGCCUCUUACGUUGAGCCAUUGCCAUCCCCGGAUGCGGAUAUCCAACCUCCUUCCUUGAUCUCGGCAUCGCGUCCGCAAGGCUCGGGACAGUACGUCCGAGGUGUCUAUCCCUACCAAGCCCAGGGGCCGGAUGAAAUCAGUGUACCGGAAGGCGGGGUACUUGAAUUAACUGGAGGCGCCGCCGGAGGGAUGAAUUAUGCAGACGGUUGGUGGGAAGGUGUCGAUGCGACUGGAAAGAAGGGGAUCUUUCCCAGCAACUACGUCCAGCUUGUUGAAUGAGGACUUUAGAUACCUCCUGACCAGACGUACUAUGUAGUCGUGGAUUUCGAUGAGACAAUGAGAAAGAAGUGCUCGCAA